GGAAAAAAAAAAAAUAUAUAUUAAAACUUUAGGGCGUGAAUACAACAAGCGAAUCACAAAUAACGCCGCCGUUUGUAAAAAACUGAAACAAAAAUGUCAACAAAACCUACAAAAAAAAAAAAAAAUAUUGACAGCUAAACUUACGUCAUUAUAAAUAAAUAAAAGUAAACAAUUAUAUUGAAGUUAUUUAAUCAUGGAGACGACAACCAAUAAUCAAGUAAAAAAUAUAAAAUUAAAAGACAAAGAAUUAUUUACUGAUUCAUUUAAUAUUUGUUGGGAACUUUUAAAAAAUGCUAAUUAUUAUCUGAGUAAUCGUGAAAAUAAUAAUUCAUUUUCGGAUUUAUCAUGUACUCAUGGUCAAAUUAUGUAUAAAGCCAUGAUGACAGUGAUGGACAACAUUAUUAAAUAUGAUGUUGACAUAGCUUUACCAAAAACAGAACCAAAUGAUGGUGACAUAGAUGAUGAUUCUUUUCAUGAUUGUAAUAAUCCUCGUUUUGAUACUAAUUUGCAUCAACAAGAAGUUUACCAAGUGACUUCUCAUACAGACGAAAUUACAUCAAACAAAAAUGGAAUAGAAGAUGAUGCUAUUUAUCCUAACAAGAGAUUUAAAUCAAAUGAAAUGGAUCCUUUGUUUAUAACUUGUGAUGGUCCAGGAGCUAUAAAAGAUGAAAUUUUUGAUGAAAAUAAUGAAGAAAUGCACAAUGAUACAGUAGAAACAAAUUCAGCACAAUUAUUAUCAUCAGCUUUAAUAGAUAAUUCUACGUCAAUCGUGAAUGAUGAUGAAUUUAUUCAAAGCUUUGAUACUGAUUUGUUACAAGAUGAAACAAUUGAUACUGAAAAUUCAGUAAUACUAGAAGAACAACUGGAUGUUGAAAAGCCUAAGAAACGUCGUCGAAGAAGAUUAAAGAAUACCACCGAAAGUACCAGAAUUUCUCGCAGAAUAAUCGCUCUUAAAAAACGUCUUUCUAAUGUAAAAAAAAGUUCCAAAACGAAUCCAAUUAAAAAGAAAAUUAUAAAAAAAAAUAAAGUAAAAAAUAAAAUUAAAAAACUAAAGAAUAAAACUAAAGACAAUAAAAAAGAUGAUCAAAAAAAUUGUCUAGAUCAUGUUGAUGAUAAGGAUGAUAAGGACAAUGAAAAAGACGAUCAAAAAAAUUGCCUAGAUCAUGUUGAUGACAAAGAUAAUAAAGACAAUAAAAAAGAGGAUGAAAAAAACUGCCUAGAUCAUGUUGAUGACAAGGAUAAUAAGAAUGUAAAAGAAUUAAAAAAUAUUGAAAAUGUUACACCUGAAAUAAAAAUAACAAAUGAUAUUCCAUUUGAAGAAAAACGACAAAUAGUAUUAAUGGCACAAGAAAAUCCAUCCUGGUCAUUGACAAAAUUAAGUAAACAUUUUGGUCUUAAACAUAUGAUUCAAAAAUCAGUACUUAAACGUUGGGAAAAACAAUUAACCAGAGGUGGAACACGUCGUGAUAUGAUUGGACUAUUAAAUCAAUGGGUUUAUGAAAAAUGUCUUGAUUAUCAGAGUCAAAAUAAAAAAUUAACAAAUCAACAAAUAAAAGAUUGGGGAUCUGAAGCUAAAGAAGUAUUAAAACUUGAUAGUUUAAAAUUCAUAGCAAGUGAUGCAUGGAGAUUUGCAUUUAAAGAAAAAUAUAAAAUAACUGGUAAUUAUAUUGAUUUAAAAAUUGAACCAAAUCCACAAAAAAUUGAUACACUAUUAAGAGUUUAUGUUUCAUAUGAAAUGAAAGUUAAAAUUGUUAAAUUAUAUGAUGAACAUCCAGAUUGGGAUCUUGAAACGUUAAAAAAAGAAAGUGGCUGUGAUCAUAUUUUAAAUUUAAAACAACUCAGAGAUUGGAAAUGUAUCAUUAGAAAUAAUAAUUUAUCAUAAAUGCUAAUUAAAAAUUUAAAUUUAAUUAUUUGAACUUUAGCAAGCCUGUAAAAAUACAGAGCAAGUGAUUUUUUUUUUUUGUUUUUGUUAAAAUCUUUUAUACCAUACUGUAAAUGAAUCAAUCAAAUAAUUAUACAUGACCUAAAUAUAUUUGCAAAAAUUAAUUCAUCAAUAAAUAUUAAAACGAACAAAAA